GCAAUAUGAAAGCGGAAUGGUAAUUAUAUUAUCACAGAAAAUUGUUAAAGUGGAAGGUCUUUGUAGGUAUGUUUGAUUCUGAUCGCGAUGGUGCUAUCAAUUUUAAUGAAUUUUCUGCCUUAUGGGAUUAUAUCAAUCAAUGGACACAGUGUUUUCGUUCCUUUGAUAUUGAUGGUUCUGGUAAUAUUGAUAAACGGGAAUUAUCAAUGGCACUUUCUAAAUUUGGUUAUCGGUUAAGCGAUCGAUUUAUUGGUCUGUUAAUGAUGAAAUUUGAUAGAACGCAUACUCAUCAUAUAAAUUUCGAUGAUUUUAUUCAAUUAUGCGUUGUUUUGCAAACGUUAACAGCAGCAUUUCGUGACAAAGAUACGGAUCGUGAUGGUGUCAUUACUAUCGGAUAUGAAGAAUAUCUAACAAUGGCAUUUGUGGUUUACCAAAUGGGCAAAUAAGCAAGUUUAUCUCUGUCGAACCACCUCUCUUCUUUCAUCCAGGUCAGCUAACCUCAGUUCAACAAUUUAUACAUCCGACUCAUUAUUACAUGUUAUUGUUUUUUUUCCCUUUCUGUUUUGUUUUGUUUUCGAUGCUAUUUUUGCUUCUUG